UCCAACAACACCCAUCUCACGCUUCUCACAAACAUCAUUCGCACUUUUCCCUUUACCUUUUAAUUCUGUCUGUAAUUCCUUUUCAUAAAAACUUCCAUAUCCAGGAUGCACAGAAAGCUCUUCCCUGCAUCAACCACAACAAAUCAAAGCCAAGAGUGUUCUGAUUUUUGUGACCCAACUUGCCCUUACAACUGCUACUCUUACCCGGACCGCUACCUCCCGCCGCCGCCCAUUUUACCUCCAAGUAAUCAGAUCUCGUCCUACUUGGCAAUCGUUGCUUCAUUAUUCACUGUCAUAUUCGUUCUCGUUGGUUUCUACGUUCUCAAAAUAAAGUGCUACUCUGAUUGGUGUGGCCGGAGACGCAAUGGAUCCCUUGCCAUGGAAUCAGACAGCCUGGACGAUGAGUUUGUUCGCGAGAAUCAAGUUGAUCACCCUAUCUGGUUGAUCACCACCAUCGGCUUACAACAGUCAAUCAUAAAGUCCAUUACAGUUUGUAAGUACAGAAAGGGCGAGGGAUUGGUCGAUGGAACCGUGUGUUCAGUGUGCUUGAAUGAAUUCCAGGAAGACGAAACCUUGAGACUCUUGCCAAAGUGCAGCCACGUGUUUCACAUGCCCUGUAUCGACACGUGGUUGCGGUCUCAUAUCAAUUGCCCUCUUUGUCGUGCCGGUAUUGUGCCCAGCAAUGUCACUUCCGAUGCAGCCAUCUUAAAUAUGAGUUCAGCGGAGGAAAACUCGAACGCAGCGGGAAGAAAUGGAGAAGCCCAGGUGGAGAGGGACGAUGGUGAAUUAGUCAGCGAGGUCUCGAGAAACCGGGAGGGAACAGAAGAAGCAGGGGAAGCCGCAGAGUUCAUUCACGAACCAAUUUCGAAGGAGCGUCCAAACAUUGAUGAGAAUGAACAGGUUCUAGAUGGAACUCGAAAGGGGACGAGUUCUGUUUCGAUGGGUUCUUCGGUUGAUCAUGUAGACGAUGAAACUGAACAAUACACGAUCAAUCUCUUGGAGAAAGGCGGUGAUGAUUCAACACUCAAUAAAUCAGCACGCCGUUCCUCCAUUGCACAACGUCUUCACGUAACCCCAAUUUCGAUGAAAAGGUCAGUCUCCUGCAGCGGGAAGAUUGUAUGUACGAGAACGAGGGGCUACCGGAGUCUUAAUUCAAGUCUUCCCCGGUAGAAUUUUCUAGCAUUACGACAUGUACACUGAUAUCAGCACGAAAUGUCUGUUAUACUGUCAGAAUUUUAGGGGGUGCCAUUAUUUUUGCAACGAUUAAAUAUGAUGCGCGAAGCAUGGAAAGCAGUGUUGUGUUCAAGAGCAAGAGAUACAUUUUAAUUUUUAGACAAGUCAAACUUCAAGAA